AGAGGAAAGUCAUUCUUUCACAAAUUUUCGCAGUGAGCAGAGCUCUUGAAAGUAGAAAAUAAAAAAAGUAAAAAUUAAAUUCCUCUCUCUGAGUCGUUGUGUCGAGCAAUCUUUGGUUUUUCGCAUUCCUAUCCCCGCGUGCAACUCCGUUCCCAUUAAAGUGUAACUGUAAUUUUAGUCACAAGCAUACAUCGAACGAAGUAAGAAAUGGUUCCAGUUACCAAGCCGAACACCAAGGAGGUGCAGUGCCAGCUUGCAGCAUGCGACGAGACCAAGCCGCAGCCAGAGCCCGUUGUUACACCGAAGAGCGGCCGUGUGGGCAUCUUCAAUGCGGAAGAUUUUUUGUCCCGUGCCCAGACGAAUGACAAGAUCAACAACAUCUUGCGCUCGCCCACCAAAGCCCCCAAUGGCGUGCGCCAACGCUCAGUGUACACCAACAACAACCCAUCACCGCAGUCGUCAGUUCGUUUGCCCAGUUCGGCGUUGUCGCUGUCGGCUCGUAUGAGCAGCAUGUCGCUGAACAGCGGCAGCGCCAGUGUGGGCACCAAUACUUCUGUGCUGGCUAAGGAAUGCUCUAGCCAAACGAAUGCCAUAGGUGCUUCUGGUUCCUAUCGAUCCAUUGGAAUGAGCAUGCACCAGUCGCAACCAUUGCUCACCGCAGUUGCAGAUUUGGAGCCUCUAGUGCUGAGCACCAAGUCGUUGACUGCUCGUUUCGCAGGGCCGUUUGGGUUUGAUAAUGGCGGUGCUUACUGUCAGCCACAACCUCAACCACCAAUGCACCACACUCAGCAGUACCCGUCGCCUAUGCCGCCCCCUCCUCAUGCCUUGGGUCGCGUUAGCUCGCGCACUUUUGAGUUUGAGAAUAAUCCACCACCGCCGCCGCCAUGUCCUGGCUCUGGACCGAUUGCCAUGUCAAAUGGCACCAUUCAGUUGCGCCUGCGCGAAGGAGUUAGAAUCGAUAUGACUCUGGACAAGGCAGUGCGCGUCUUGAAUCAGCGCAGCAUGGUGGCUGUCUCUUUGUCGCGCAAUGGCACGAACUCUGCUCUAAUCCAUCCCAAUGGCCGUAUUCUACAGAGCGGCUCCAAGGUGGAAAUCGUGACAUAUGACGGCAUGAAGGCCAACAACUUUGUGCGCUAUGCCAAGAUGUGGUACAAGGGUGUGAGCUUCACUAGUGAGUCUUGCGCUUUAAUUUAUCUGGUUGACACCGCUGGAACACGCACCACAACCGACACAUUCACUGACCUAACCAAGGAUUACACUCUGGCAGUGUUUUACGACGACUCACGCCACGGUCCCUCUUUUGUGCCGGAUGCACAGGAGGUAAUUGCAAAGUCAUCCUACAGUUGCGCAGACGACGGUACCGAGAUGUACGACAUCAAUGGAUUUCGCAUUAUUCAGGCCGCCGAUGGCCUGGUGAAGGUGACUCGCCAACACAACAAGGGGCUCAUUCGCACCAGCCCUGGCAAUGGAUCGGUCACUCUAACCACUCUGGGCAUCCACUGCACCGCCUCCUUGGGCAAGACCUCGCAUCUGUUUUUACGUCGCAAUGAAAAGCGCAUGCACUUCGAUGGAUCCAAUUUUAUAGUGCGCAAUGCAGGACACUCGGCGGGAUUCAACGAGAACAACCUGCUGAUUGUGUACUAAGUUAGUUAUAUCCGAAACACAAACGUAGAUCCACAAGACACACACACAAACACAAACAGACACCUUAAACAGUUUUGGGGACUGUUGCGCUGCUGUAGCGU